AUGAGUAGAAAUCCAGGUGACUUUCAAAAAUUUGCAAAGGCUUUUCAACAGCAGUUAUCUAGAGUCCAACAAGCUAACCGUGGUGGUUCUGGUGGACGUGGUGGUGCUCCUAAUGGUGCAUUUGCAGGGUUAGGUGGGUUGCUUUUAUUAGGUGGUGGUGCUUUAUUUUUCAAUUCUGCUUUAUUUAAUGUCGAUGGUGGUCAUAGAGCUAUUGUUUAUUCACGUAUUGGUGGUGUUUCUUCAAAAAUAUAUAAUGAAGGUACUCAUUUUGUGUUGCCUUGGUUGGAAACUCCUGUUGUCUAUGAUGUGAGAGCUAAACCUCGUAAUGUGGCCUCUCUGACAGGUACCAAGGACUUACAAAUGGUGAACAUUACUUGCAGAGUGUUGUCUAGACCUGAUGUUUCUCAGUUACCUACUAUUUACCGUACUUUGGGUCAAGACUAUGACGAAAGGGUCUUGCCUUCAAUUGUCAAUGAGGUUUUGAAAGCCGUAGUAGCACAAUUCAAUGCUUCUCAAUUAAUUACGCAAAGAGAAAAAGUUUCGAGAUUAAUUCGUGAAAACUUGGUCAAUCGUGCUGGUAGGUUCAACUUGAUACUAGACGAUGUCUCAAUUACCUAUAUGACAUUUUCUCCAGAGUUCACUAAUGCUGUUGAAGCUAAACAAAUUGCUCAACAAGAUGCUCAAAGAGCUGCAUUUGUUGUAGAUAAGGCUAAACAAGAGAAGCAAGGUAUGGUCGUCAAGGCACAGGGUGAAGCUAAAUCUGCUGAAUUGAUUGGUGAAGCCAUUAAGAAAUCUAAGGAUUAUGUGGAAUUAAAGAGAUUGGACACUGCCAGAGAAAUUGCUGAUAUCUUGGCCAAAUCUCCAAACAGGGUCGUCUUAGAUAACGAAUCUUUGUUAUUGAACACAUUGUCUGAUACUAGAAACAGAAAAUAA